CAAUUUAUGAGUUUAUUGGUUGGGCCUUCCUUUUGUCGCCCCAUCCUACGAAUUUCUCCUUCACUUCCUCGUUUCCAGUCCGCUUGAGGUUCGCACUUGCAGUGAGUCACGAAUUCGUCCCAAACUCUCGAAUGCUGCGACAGACCAGGGCGUUCGUCCAAAGGGGUCCACUUAUUCCUCUGAAUCCAUUUCACCGAUCCUUCAAGUUCACCCAGACGGCAGAGAAAUUUGAACUUCCUGACGCUCCUGAUCCCUCAUAUGUAGAUUUGCCCAGACCCCGUGAGCGGAAGUCCGACAGAAAACCGUUUCCCACUCCUAUGAAGCUUUUGAUUCGAAGAGCAAAAGAGGAGAGAGAAGCCAGAAAUGCGCAGCCUUGUAGGAUGCUCGAAGACCCCCCCGACAAUGGAUUGCUGGUGCCUGAUCUUGUCGAUGUAGCUCAAAAUGUGUACCUAGCUUGGAACUCCCUCCGCUUCGGCAUAUCAAAACUCUUGGAGGUCAUUCCCAUUCAAAGAUGCAGGUUUUGCUUCGAGGUUCAUAUUGGACAUGUAGGUCAUGAAAUUAGAACUUGCAAUGGUCCAAAGAGUGGGCUUCGAAGUGCUACUCACGUUUGGAGAAAGGGAGGAGCUCAAGACGUGGUUUUUUUCCCCAAGUGUUACCAUCUUUAUGAUCGUGUAGGGAAACCAAGAGUUGGGCACGAGGAGAGGUAUGUGAUACCAAGGAUACCUGCUCUAUUGGAGCUUUGCAUCCAAGCUGGUGUUGAUCUUGAGAAAUACCCUUCUAAAAGACGAACAAAACCUGUGUACAGUAUUGAAGGGAGAAUUGUAGAUUUCGAGUCGGUGAAGGAAACGAAUGAGGUGAAAACAGGCGUUUCUGUAAAGCCUGAUCAUGGGAUAGAACAUGAAGGAGGCAGCAGGUGUUCAUUCUCAUGGAAAAUUAGUAACACAUUGGACCAACAACAUGAAGAGAACAGGGAGUUAAGGAAGUUAAGCAUCAUGACACUAAACUCGUGGGUUGAAAUGGUAUCCGGAGCAAAGAAAAUAAUGGAAAAGUAUAGGGUGCAGACAUGUGGAUACUGUCCCGAGGUCCAGGUUGGUCCUAAGGGGCAUAAGGUGAGAAUAUGUAGAGCUUCAAAGCAUCAGUCUCGCAACGGGUUGCAUGCAUGGCAGGAGGCAACGAUAGACGAUAUUGUGGGUCCAAAUCAUGUAUGGCAUGUCAGAGAUUUGAAGGGGCCUCCUUUGGAUAACAAGUUGAAAAGAUUUUACGGCAAAGUUCCUGCUGUUGUAGAGCUGUGCCUGCAAGCAGGAGCACCUAUUCCAGAUCAAUAUAGGAGCAUGCUGAGGCUAGAUGUGGUUCCCCCACACCCUGAUGAAGUGGAUCUCGUUGCUUGACCUUGCUCUUGUUCGUUGCCUCACAUUUAGAAAGGCAUCGAAUGGCCAACGUGUGGAGUUGGAGACCCGAUUUGAUGGUUGAACUGCAUCGACUUCGUAUGGAUAUCGGGUGGUUUGGUUGUAGCUUGGUAUUGGCUACUCUAGUUGGCUGGUGAUUUCAUGUUUGACAAUCCGUGCGAGACAUUCUGUGUAUGUAGUUCCCAGGACUACACAACUCGCUCAGGACCAUGUACUUUAGUGAGAUGUGUAACUUUGUUUUUGUCCCGUCAAUAUUGAAACCCGUAAAUAUUGAGACAAACUAAUAUGUACUCUACAUUCUAAAUUUGUUAUUAA